AUGGGCUACUACCUCGUCGCUGUUGUACUUUACCAUUCCAAAAUCUUCGACACUGUUGAGACUGCCGCAAGAUGCGGGCAAGUCCGCGUCAAUCUGAUCGCAAGCUAUCACCACACCAUGGCUGCACACAUGCGAGAAGAACGCAUUGCAGUUGCUCGACAAGAGCUCUCCGAUCAUCACAACCAACAGACAGAGCUACUCGACGCUUUCUCCCUAGCUCUCAACCACAUGAAGUCCACCGAUCCACAGGGCUUCAUCCCGUACUACGACUUCAUGAAGUGCGCCUACUUCAUCUGUGAUGCCGAAGUUCGACGAUUCGACAUCAUCUCCUGGUAUAAAGCCGCCGACAGAGCGGCUCUCGACACGGUCUCAAGAUUGCAAGAUUACUACCACAAGGAGGCUAGGUUGACGCUCAGAGUCGAAAAGCUCCGAUGCACUGUCUCGUAUGCCGUGCGACGGGACUUGACCGAGCUGCAAGGCGACGAUGGCGCAGACGCAAUGAUGACGUUCGAUGCAGCGGUGGGAAUGCCCGAGUGGUGUUGGGAGGAUACAUACGCCGUCGCUCUCGACGAGCAUUCACCACGAUUCGGCUACGAAAUUGAGAGGCCUGGACGCGGUGCGGUAGAUCUGCGUUACCCAGAGAGUGAAACAAACCAGGAAAUGUCUCGCAUACUUGAGAUCUUCGCCAAUUUUGAGGCACGGCUCGUCCGAAUACAGUAUGCGAACAGUGAAGAACGCUUUGGCGCAGCUGCAUGGCCCGAAAGCGUCGAUUCAAGGGUCGUCGAGCCGGUCGAGGAAGCAAUCAAACCGCUUCCGGAGAGUCGUAGUGAGCUGCGGGCUCGAAUGCAGGACUGUCUGAAAGGACUGAAUGACCGGAGAAGGGAGAUCUGGGAACUGCAUGUGUUGCGCCGGCAGGAGGAAGUGUUGGUAAAAGCAACGGACAAUACUGAGAGCAGCGAUACUAUGCGCGCCCACAUCAGAAAUGUUCGUUCAAAGAUUUGUGUCGAGGUCGAGAGGCUUGGGCAGAAGUAUGGACGGAGAGCUGAGUGGGACUGGGAACAGUGA